AUGCGCAUAUUAUUAUAUUUGAUUGCUCAAGCAUGUUUGCUACAAACCGUCUACUCCAGUUGGUUCAUGGAGGAAGCAAAAAAAUGCAACCCGUGGGAGCCUAGAAACUCUGGCUUACUCCCCUUCAGUGGGUUUAAAAUAUAUAGAGAAUUCAAGUUUGAGGGUUACUCCCUUAUCCCGAUGCAUUAUCUCACUCUCGUGCAUUGUGACCACGGAAAAGUUGACUACGAAACAUUGUCUGUGAUGCCUUCAACUAACAUGGAAUGGGAGAGGCCCUUUUGUAUGCUUAAACCCACGCUUGGUAAAUCAUUGCCCUUGUCUCCCAAAGAUACACCCAGAAGAGAUCUUUCCGGUUUGAAAGACCUCUUUCGCCAGAAAUUAGACUCUAAGCUAGAAAGUAUAACCAAUGGAAAAUACAUCCAAUACACCGGAAGUAGAAUGGCACAGCAUCAAGAAGACAUAAAGGAGUCCAAUUUCAGAGAUGUGUUAGAGUGGGAAGCCAAAAGCUUGGUUUGUUAUAAAAUGGCUCGAAAGAAGAAGUAUGCAAAGAAAGAUUUUGAUUUUUAUGUGCCUGAUACCUUUAUCGGUGGAUUGUUUGAAUGCCCGAUAAGUGCUGCUGACAGGAAGAGAAUUAUAAGUGGUUUGACGGUCGAACAAAUGAUGCAGCCCUUGGAUGCACAUUUCAAGUGUGAUCCGUCAACUGCAAGGCCAAUUGUACCACUAAUCGCAGAUGCUGCAAUAAACCAGUGGGUUGAGUAUAGCUGGAGUCCAAUUACUCCACUAUUGAGACAAACGAUACCUUAUUUAACUACAGCCUCUCCUCUAGACUUAAGAUUUGCAGCUACCUCAACCCCAGAUAUGCAUGCAGAUUCCUGGGCAAGCCAACUUCAAGUUAAUGAGAAUUAUGACUUUUCUCCCCUUGAUCUUCACUAUGCUUCAAAAGCAAUAGCAAUGUCAGCAAAUUUUAUCAACAAGCUCUUCAUAGUUGACGUGACCAAGAUACCAUUUGAUUUUGGCCUCACAAGGAGUCACAAACUGGAAGAUCCCUCAGCUCAGAAGAAGAACUUGCUUGCUAGGAUUGAAAAGUUCGAUUUCAAUCAGAAGCUAAUUUCGUUGCUUGCGUUAGUGAAAUAUGAUAAGGUUCAGCUUGCACACAUACAGAAGCUAUGGGACGAGAUUAAAGAUUGA